AUGGGCGUGCAAAUAUUAUUCAGAGUCGGUCUUCAUCCAUCACGAUCGAAUCGAGGCUUCUCUCUUGUAGAUUUUUAUAUAUCACUCACUCACACGAUGUUUCCUACCCUUGCAAAUGACAGACAAAGCUGGGCCGAUCACCUGUUUAUAUGUCUAGGCCAACCCACUGAAAUCGGGUUAAGCGAGUCGACCCACUAUCUAUCUAUCUAUCUAUCUAUCUAUCUAUCUAUCUAUCUAUCUAUCUAUCUAUCUAUGUUAGAAUUUUACAAUCUAUCUAUCUAUCUAUCUAUCUAUCUAUCUAUCUAUCUCUUACAAUCUAUCUAUCUAUCUAUGUAUCUAUCUAUCUAUGUUAGAAUUUUACAAUCUAUCUAUCUAUCUAUCUAUGCCAGAAUUUUACAAUCUAUCUAUCUAUCUAUCUAUCUAUCUAUCUAUCUAUCUAUCUAUGUUAUCUAUCUAUUCUUAUCUAUGCCAUCUUAUCUAUCUAUCUAUCUGUGCAGAAUUUUACAAUCUAUCUAUCUAUCUAUCUAUCUAUCUAUCUAUCUAUCUAUGUUAGAAUUUUAUCAUCUAUCUAUCUAUCUAUCUAUCUAUCUAUCUAUCUAUCUAUCUAUCUAUCUAUCUAUCUAUCUAUCUAUCUAUCUCUGGAAAAGUCGAAUUGGUGAGGAAAGUUCAAAUGUCGGCUGCGACUCUUGUCACUCCGUCAUUCACAAUCUAUCUAUCUAUUUUAAUGUCUUGAUAUCCCUCAUCACACUCCGUUCCUUCCUAUCUAUCUAUCUAUCUAUCUAUCUCAAUAUGUAUGUAUCUAUCUCAGUACGUUCCAAUCUUUCUAUCUAUCUAUCUAUCUCUGUAUGUUCCACUUAUCUAUCUAUCUAUCUAUCUAUCUAUCUAUCUUUAUCUAUCUAUCUAUCUCAGUAUGUAUGUAUGUAUGUAUGUAUAUAUGUACCUCAGUACGUUCCAAUCUAUCUAUCUAUCUAUCUAUCUAUCUAUCUAUCUAUCUAUCUCUGUAUGUUCCACCUAUCUAUCUAUCUAUCUAUCUAUCUAUCUAUCUAUCUAUCUAUCUAUCUAUCUAUCUAUCUUUGUAUGUAUGUAUGUAUGUAUGUAUCUAUCUAUAUCAUUAUGUUCCAAUCUAUCUAUCUAUCUAUCGUACACUUUAGAAAAUGUCCAUGUCCAUCGAGACUACCAUUAACAAAGAAAUGUACAGAAAAAACGACUUCAUGUUGCAACCUUUCGUGUAAUAUCCUGUCUUUUAUGCUUCUUAUCGUUUUCAGCUCUCCCCAAACAAUUGACAAAUGGACGUCACUCCAUUUUUUCUUUCCUUUUUUUUUCUUUCUUUUUGCCCUCUGCAUUCGAUCUGAAAAUAACUAA